GCAGACGAGAGACAUGGACCGUAAAGGUGGUGGUUUUCAUGCUUGCCAAAGGCACCAUAAGUCCAGCUCCGGGCAUGACGGUGACUGCACCGUCCGCGAGCAGGACCGAUUCAUGCCGAUUGCCAACGUGAUAAGGAUAAUGCGAAAGGUCCUACCAACCCAUGCCAAGAUAUCAGACGACUCCAAGGAGACAAUGCAGGAAUGUGUGUCUGAGUACAUAAGCUUCAUCACUAGCGAGGCUAACGAACGGUGCCAGCGCGAGCAGCGCAAGACGAUCACUGCAGAAGAUGUGCUGUGGGCCAUGAGUAAGCUUGGGUUUGAUGACUACAUUGAGCCACUCAUUGCUUAUCUCCGUCGGUACCGUGAACUUGAAGGCGUCCACCAUGGUUCCAUGAGGGGCGAGCCCUUGCUGAAGCGGGCUAUCAGUAUGGGUGCUUUGGCACCGGCGGCUUAUCCACCUGCGUUCCAUAUGGGUCAUCAUCAGGGUCUGUUUGGAGGAAUGGCUGGUUGUUUUAUGGAUGGGUCUGGUGCAACCUCGUCCCAUGUGGCUAUGGCUGGCUAUGAUCCUUAUUCCGGUUACAAGUGAUGGAAUUGAAAUGAGACUAUGGUCUGCAAUCACCACCUUUUUCUCUAAAUGGUGAGGGCUCAUCCACCAUCCACAUGGUAUAUAUAUAUAUACUUCAAUUCUGACCAUCCAAUUUGUGGGCCCCAUUAUAGAUUAAAUCAUAUUCUGGAAACUAACACUGAUUGGAUGGACCACCAAAAUAAAUUGGUUAGUCUGAAGUUAAAUGGGAAAAUCAGAUGGUUGAGAUUGUCCAAUUAGAGUAGUCUUUGGUAUAUGGUCUAACACAGUGGUGGCCAUGAUUUGGAAGGUCUGGAUUGCAGUAUAUGCAUGCCAAGUGACAGUGGUUGAAUCUACAUCGUUUAGAAAUUGGCCGGGGAUGGACUAUAGUCUAGCAUGAGAAAUAAGUAGAUAUGGUACGAUAUAUGCUAUAUAUAGAGACUGAUGUACCACUACAAAUGAGUAAAAUGUUGAGUUGGAGGCUAGGUUGUGCGGUUGAAAGCACUGUGACAAAACAGCUGAGAUUUUGAAAUCUCAUG